GGCGCGUCGCAUUUCCUCAGCGGAUCACCAGCAGAUCACAGCGGAUCACCAGCAGAUCACAGUGGAUCCGUGCUGACUCCUCUGCCUCUCCCAGGCUGGACCCGAGCAGACGAUGGGUUAGAGCGACGCUCCGCAGGACAUCCAGACACGUUUCCUCCCGCAGGAUCAGAAACUGUCUGGUUUCUCCGCUCUGUGGGACUCCGUCCCGCGGUUUGCUGCCAUGGCGAUGAGGAGGAGCAGGAAGCUGCUCGUGAUGGUCGUCCUGCUGGAGUUCACCAACGGCGUCUGGACGCUGCCGGCUCCUGGGACCGUCUCCAUGGACUCGGUCAACAUGAGACACGUCCUGCGCUGGACGCAGCCCAGAGCAUCAUGCAACUCCACCGUGCUUUACUCGGUUCAGUACCAGGGGGAGUUUGAGCUCCUGAUCAAGAACGGCAGCUGGAUAAACGCUCCCGAGUGCCAGAGGAUCCCCCUCACCAGCUGCGACCUGACCUUUGACCUGGGAUCUGACUCCAACUACAGCCUGCGGGUCAGGGCGCAGUGUGGCUCCAAGAUGUCCGCCUGGGCCAAAUUUCUGUUCAACAGGAACAACAUCACGCCUCCAGUUCCUGAGCUCAGGGUGACGGCAGCAGGCGACGUUCUGCUGGUGUCCGUCAGGAAGUUUCCUCUCACCGCCGUUACCAUGGUGACGAUAUGGAGGAAAGACAAAGAGCAGCAGACUGAGGAUUACUCCAUACCAGCAGACCAGGAGGUGCUGCAGGUCGCCGCCCUGCAGGAGGCAGCGGUGUACUGCGUCAAGGCGAAGGUUGUCCUGAAUCUGGGCGUGCAGAGCGGGUUCACCGACAGCCACUGUGUUUCCGUCACAGGUCCCGGCGCUCCGGCGUGGAAGCAGGCCGCCGCGGUGACGGUGACGGUCGUCGUCAUGUUGGGCCUCCUGAUCGGUUUGUUCUGGUCGCUCGUCCACUGUCGCCCCGACUCCUGUCAGAAGUAUUUCCAGAAAGAGCCGCUGCCGUCGUUUCUGAUUGGAAACGUCACCGUCUGGAUUGCGAUUCCCCAGCAGAGGGAGGAGCUUUGUGCCGUCACCGUCAGCGCCCCCCUGCUGAGAGGCGGAGCAACGUGACCCCGGCUCAGCGCCGCUCCACCUGCACGUCUAAACAAGCCGUCAGGGCCGCGCUGUGAUCGCCAUGGAAACGGCCGUCACCGUCACCGGGGCGACCGGGGGUUUCCCGAAGGAGGCCGACCUCGAGGUUCUGCUGCCUUCAGGUUUAAAACGAGGCUGGGGGAGGAGGUCAAAGGUCACAGCGUGUUUGUGCUGUACAGACAGUAAAGGAAUAUUUCUAUAAACUGUUCUUUCUCAGAAGAUUUAAUCACAGCCAUGAAGGCUCUAAAAAUACCAGAAAAAGAAAAAUAUAAAGGUUCCUGUUAUAUUUAUAAGUAAAAAGUAAAACCUAAACUUUACCCACCUGAUAAAAAACGAGGAUUUGGUGAGUUACAGGUUUUUAUUUCUUUAUUUUCCACCGUAGCAGAUUUAUUUUGACCCAGUUUAUUGAGGAUUUGUGUCAACUUAAAGGUGGUUUUAUAUUAUUAUAUUAUAUAUUAUCUCUGAGGGUCUCAUGGUUUCCAUCAUAUGAACACUUUACCAGGUUUGGGUUCAAACUCAGAGAUCGUUUGAAAAAGACAAACGUUUUUAUGAAGGAGAAUAUAAACUGUUUUAUUGUCUCAUUGCUUUUUGUUUCAUUCAACAUUCAGCAGUACUGCGUCUCUUUAUUUCAAAGAUUAUUCUUUUAUAUUAUAAAACUGGCUCUUUUUUUGUCAUGAAAAGGUUUAAAGAAUAUACAUAAAUCAUCUUCAGGGUUUUGUUCCCUGCUGCUGCCAGUUACCAUGGCAACAGCUACGGUUUCCUCGACACAGGAAGUGAUUUAACACGCCGUUGCCAUGACGGUUCAUGGAGUUUUUUUAAUCUUUAUUUCAGUUGAUGUCAUUUUUUAUAAAAUCUUUUGUUGUACCAACUUCCUGUCCAGACUAAAAAAUAUUUGCUGGUUCCUUUGAUCAACAGUUCAGUCUGAAACAUUUUUCUGCAUUGUUAUUCUGAGGGUGUGAAAGAUUUUUCACCAGUAAUGAUUCUGAAAAUAUCACAAAUGCAUGUUUUUCAUCCCGAUCUGAUUAAAGAAACGUAGAAAUAAAAAUCAUGUUUAAUGUUGGAAAUGCUGCUCUGUGAAAACUAAAAUAAUUUGUUAAAUAACGUUUAUCUUGAAGCUGAUUUCUGGCGUUUUUCUGGACUGAAUUUAAAUGUUUUGAUUUGAUUUUCCUAUAGCAGAAUUUUUCCUUCUCCCGUUUUUUUUAAUGUUGUAAGUAUAACUGUGUCCAUAUUAACUCAAGAACACUGUAUAUGUCAGUUAAUAAAUGAAGAAUUUAAAUAAACUGCAUGA